CCGGGCGGCCAUUGUUAAUAUCUGGAAGAAAUCGAAGCGUAAUUCUUCCGUUAAAAUGCCUCCUUCGGACACAGAAAACUCCGACGUAAGGGAAAGAUAUGAGGAAUUGUGCCGAGAUCUAAAUAUGGACACUGUCGCAAUGGAAGAAGCCUGGCAGACCUUCGAAAAUAUCAGUACUAACUAUACGCUGGAGGGAGACGAUCUUCACUGGUUGGCUUGCGCUUUGUAUGUUGCUUGUCGAAAAUCCGUUGUUCCAACUGUUGGGAACUGCGAACCAGUUGUUGGCAACUGUGUAUCUCUAACGAGAUUGUUGAGGUCAACGAAACUGAGCCUGAUACAAUUUUUCAAUAAAAUGAAGAAAUGGGAAGACAUGGCGAAUCUGGCUCGGGAAUUUCGUGAUAAAGUCGAUCGCCUGGAGCGUAACUUCGCAGUGUCAACUGUGAUAUUCAAAAAAUUCGAGCCGAUCUUUAUGGACUUGUUUAGGAGUCCUGCUGAUGAUCAACCACGGCACCCAAGAGGUCGCAAACAAAGGAGACUGCCAUGUAAUUCAACCGAUAUGUUUAUAUUCUGCUGGACUUUAUUUGUGCAAGUCAGAGGCAACUUCCCCGCCAUUAGUGACGAUUUAGUGAACUCGUAUCAUCUUCUACUGUGCUGCUUGGAUCUUAUUUUCAGUAAUGUUAUUCUCGGCAAUCGACGAGAUCUUAUUAAAGUAGAAUUUCCAG